AAUAACAAAGAAAGAUUUUUCCUUUUUGUGUUGUCUUCUAGAGUUUUUUAAUAAAUAAAUCUUUGUUAGUUUUUUUCUUGAAGUUUUUUUUACUGGAAGAGCUUGUUGAAGGGGAUACACCUUAAUUGGUGAAAUAUCCUCAAGUAUAAUGUCGAUAAACAUGUCUCAAGCUAUAAAAAUUUUCAUAAUUUUCCAACAAUCUUAAGGAUUUAGAACAUGAUUGGAACAGAGAUUUGCCUUAUCAAGAGUUCUCCAGUCCCUAGUGCAACACCAGAAAAUAGCAACAUGGACACUCUCAUCAAUAUCAAUCUGGAUCAUGGUGAUCCAGUAAUGUACGAGUCAUAUUGGAGAAAAAUUGGGAAUAUGUGCGACAUAACAUUCAAUGGUUAUGAGUCAUUGAGUUAUUUUGCUAAUGGUAAGAGCUUGUGUUGGUUCUUGGAGUCCAAACUAGAGGAAGAAAUCAGGAGGCUGCACAAUGUGGUUGGAAAUGCAAUUGUGGAUGAUUAUUAUGUUGUUAUUGGCAAUGGAUCCAGCCAGCUUAUUAUGGCUGCACUCUAUGCUCUUUCCCCUACAAAUCAACCACACCCAAUCAACAUCGUUGCAGCUGCACCUUUUUAUUCGUCAUAUCCAGAAAUGGCUGAUUUUGAGAGGUCAGAGCUACACAAAUGGGCAGGAGAUGCAAGAAAUUAUGACAAAGAUGAACCAUACAUUGAGUUUAUAACAUCUCCAAAUAACCCUGAUGGGGUUAUUAGAGAGCCUGUUGUUAAUGGAAUUCAAGGAAAAUUAAUCCAUGAUUUAGCUUAUUAUUGGCCGCAGUACACUGCUAUUACCUCGCCUGCCAACCAUGAUGUCAUGCUCUUCACGGUUUCCAAAUGCACUGGUCAUGCUGGUUCUAGAAUUGGUUGGGCACUUGUUAAGGACAAAGAGGUGGGAAGGAAAAUGAUAAAGUUCAUGGAGGUUAGCACAAUUGGGGUAUCAAAGGAAGCUCAACUUAGAGCUGCUAAGAUUCUUGGAGUAAUCUCUGAUAGCUGUGUGAAUCCCACAUUGGAUAAUUUCUUUGAAUAUAGUCAGUCUCUUUUGACUGAUAGAUGGCAAAGGUUACGACAAGUUGUUAAGGCCAAUGACCUUUAUGUCCUCCAAAAAUACCCUCUUCAGUAUUGCCUCUUCACGAAAAAAUUCUACGAAACACACCCUGCAUUCGCAUGGCUAAUGUGUAAAGGAAGUGAAGAGGACUGUGAGAAACUUCUCAAAGGACAUAAGCUUCAAACAAGGGGUGGAGAAAAAUUUGGGAGUUAUUCAAGAAAUGUUAGGAUAAGUAUGUUGGGCAAAGAUGAAGACUUCAACAUUUUUCUACAGAGGCUUGAGGCUAUUAUUCAAGAGCUUCCAGACGGAAAUUAAGACAUAUCUAUGCGAUUUACAGCAUAUUGAAGAACAUCCGUUCUAAUUUUGUUUUAUUUCCCAUAUCUAUUUUUUUUGCUUUGAUUAUUUGUUUCAUUGGACAAUUUUAUCUACCCUUUU